CACUCACGUCCGCGGACUUUUAGACGUUUUGAGCCUGUGAAUGUAGGAUGAGGGACCCUCCAAGAUGUCUCGCGUAGGGGCAGGGGUCAGGACCAAGCCCAGGGGGACGCAGGACGUGUGUGGGGACUGUGGGGCGCCAGAUCCUGGCUGGGCUUCAAUCAACAGAGGCAUUCUGAUCUGUGACGAGUGCUGCAGUGUACACCGCUCCCUGGGCCGACACAUUUCACAGGUCAAGUCACUCAAGAAGGGACAAUGGAACUCAAUACAGCUUGCUAUGGUCCACACCCUGUACAACAGUGGUGCAAAUGGCAUCUGGGAGCACACCCUCCUGGACCCAAGUGUUGCCAAGACAGGAAGACGCAAGCCCCAGUCCAAUGACCCCGUCCAUCCAACCAAGGCCGACUUUAUCCGGGCCAAGCACCAGAUGUUGGCCUUUGUGUACCGGCCCUCAAGAGAAGACAACAAUGGGGAUGAUGCAGACGUGAGUCGGCAGCUACAUUCCAGCGUACGAACCUCCAAUCUGGAAACCUCCUUGCGUCUUUUGUCUCAAGGAGCAGACCCCAACUAUUUCCAUAAGGAAAAGAACUGUUGUCCCCUACAUGUUGCUGCCCGGGCUGGUCAGUCGUCCCAGGUGGAGCUGCUCAUUGUGUAUGGAGCUGAUCCUGGUGCUGUUGAUCCCCAGGGAUACACUCCAGCCCACUAUAGCAGUGAAGCAAACUACCCAGAAAUGGCUGAUCAUCUGCUGGAGUGUCAGUAUGAGCUGACAGACCGACUUGCAUAUUAUGUGAGUGGACGAAAGCCUGACCACAGCACUGGACAGCACUGGAUAAUACCUGAGAUGGCCGACUCCUUAGACAAGUCUGAUCUGGCAAAGGAGGCAAGGGCUAAGCUACAGUCCUUGCCCAACCAUCUGUUUGAGGAACUUGCAUGUGAUGUCUAUGAUGAGGUGGACAGACGGGAGACAGACAGCAUUUGGCUCUCCCUGCAAAACCAGAGUGCACUGGUGAGUGACCGUUGCACUGUGCCUUUCCUCCCAGUCAAUCCAGACUACUCCUCCACCAGGAACCAAGGGCGGCAGAAGCUGGCAAGAUUCAAUGCACGAGAAUUUGCAACACUGAUUAUUGACAUUCUCUCUGAGGCGAAAAGGCGGCAGUCAGGCAUUCCAUCUCCACUUCCCACCCCCAAAGACAAAGUAACCCCAGGUGUGCGGAGGGCUGCCCGGGCACACGACCCCUCACUCGCCUCUUCCUCUCCUCCAACCCUACCCCUUCAGCCUCAAGAUUCCUCCUCCAUGCCUUCUCUGUCUGUCCAUUCUGACUCCUCCAAUUUAGGCGACUUCGGUGACGUGACGUUGACACAACCUAACUCCCCCAAAGUAAACCUCCCCAACAACAACAACAUCAUGAGCCUUAAUGCCCGGCUAAUGACUUCCCCAGCCUCUUCCAUGACUAUUAACUGUCCCCCUCCUCUCACACCCAAGGACCCACCUCACUCUCCCCAUCCCAGACCUACCCCCAGCUCUGUUGCCUCUCAGUCUUCUAGCAUCAGUGCCAUUACCUCCACCACAGACUCAUCCUCUGGCACUACCUCCAUCUCUGCUCUCCUCACUGACUCUCCUUGCACCGCUGCCUCUGCUGCCACAGCCUCUGACACCUCCUCUGCACCGGCCCUCACCACCUACAAGCCCUCCACCAACAACAACAACAAGGGUGAGAUGACUGAUGAUGGGGAGCCCCUCUAUGACUCAGUGGCCUCGGAAGAUGACUACACCUAUGUGGAACAGGUGGAGAAGCUCAACCAGCAGAAGAAGAUCCUGGAGGAGCAGAAGAGCCAGCGCCAGCUAAAGGCUGAGCUGCUGAAGCAGCAUGAGAUGAGAGGUGAGAUGGAGUCAGGGGUGGCCCUGGACACCUACCUGGAAAUGAAAGAAAAAUUAGAGAGCAGUGAGGCGCGGAUCCAGGAGCUGCAGAACAACAAUGCUCACAUGCGCUCACAGUUAGAUGAACUGUGCUCAACUGUGCAAAACUUGCGAGAAGAGAACAAGAGCCUUCGUUCCCUGUACAGCAGUGGCAGUAUGGGCCAGUCUUCUCACUCGACUCCCCCACUCUUGAAUUAUUAUCCUCACAGCCUGUAUAAUGGCGAUGCUGAUCCACAGAUGAAUGUGCGCACUCGAGGUCCUGUUCGCCCUAUCAGCAUGUUUGAGCCUCGCCAGGGCCCGCCCUGCGUGACAAGCCAGUGCCACUCACUAGACCAGUCAAGAACCUCAGCCUUUGCAGCGAGAGUGUCUGGUGAGUAUGACAACACGAGAGCACGAAGCCCCAGCCUGGAGGCCUCAGAGACCACACCUCUUAGUGCCUCCUAUGCACUGCCCACACAGGAGGAGGUUGUGAAGAAGACUGAGGUCAUCACCAAGAAGAUUCAGGAGUUGCUCAUCUCAGCUCAGGAGGGUCGGCAGGAGGCCUUCAUGCCAUGUGCUGAGCAGAUCCACUCUGCCGUCCUUGACAUGGAUUCCAUCUUCCCAAAGGCAAGUCUUCUUUCAUCAUGGUAAAAGAGUCUUACCAUAUUGUUUAACAUGGUCUACUUUGUCCAAUCUUUUUGUGUGUCUUGGUGUACUGUAUGGGCAGUGGAAAACCCCUUCACUGUUGGGCCAUUAUGCAGUAUGUACUGUUAUCUGUCUGUUCUAAACUGGCUGCUGGAUCUUGGUCUGAGGAAGUGUACAAUUGGGUUACUGUUCAAAAUAUAUUGUGGCUUAUUGAUGAUAAUUAAUUUUAUGUGUUUAAUACUUGUUUUCUGUUGAUCAACACAAUUAUCACAGGGAUGGACUACUGUUUUCCUCAAGAUAUGACAGUAGGCAUUUUGGUUCCAGACAGAGACUCAGCGGCCUGUUUAGAAUAGACAGACUACACUACUGAUGUUCACAUCACAUGGAACACACAGCAUUAUAGAUUCCUUAAAUCAGUAUAGUGAUGUAAUUCACACCUGCAGUCAUUAAUUGAAACACAACAUUUGUGACUAUAUUGUGACUUUCAGCUUUGAUUGUUGAACUUUAGUCAAAACAUUUAUGAAUUACUUCAUAAUAUAUAUUAAUGAAUCCAACCGUUUGGGGAUUAUGAGAUUUUGUUUUCUAUGCUUGAUGAUAUGCAAGGUUAAAUAUAACAAACUUUAAAAUGAAUCUACUUUUGAUAUACUAACAUUUUCCUCUAUUUUUUUUAUUUUAAUAAUAUUCUACGCCUCUAAUGAAUGUGUAUGCUUAUAAACAGGAAAAUCAAAAUAAGUUUAAGGGAGUCAAGGAUUUUUUUAAAAGGUGAGACAUAUUGGUUGAGUGUUUUAGAAUUUGUCUCUGCUACACAAGUGACUCUGUAUUGCACUGUUCUAGUUUGCUGCAGCGUCAAGGCUUUUACGUUCUCACAAACACUGGGUAAAAAAAGGCUUGCAAUGCUUCUAGUAAAUUGUCUUUCAUCAUUCUCACUUUACAAACCCUUGUAAUUGUCUUGAAACUUAUAUUUCAGGUUAAUCAAUUGUCCUACAUGUUAAAAGUUUUUUUCUCAGUAUGUAGCUUAUCUUUGAAGUGUGUCCUGUACCCUUGUCUUAGUCUACAAAAUUUGUUGGAAAAUAAGCAUCUUGUGUGUG